UCGUCCAAACCCCCUUGAAACCCACGACGACGGCCCAUUUCCGCCACCACCACCACCGCCCGCCUCCCGUCAACGCCCCGGCUCGCGCGCCGCCAUGGACCCAUCCCCCGGCCUCCAGCGCCGCCCCGCGGCGGCCGCGGCCGCGGCGAGGGACGAACGCGCGGAGCCUCCCCGUGGCGGGCAGCGCGUCCUCCACGGCGACGUCGACCCGCCGCCGCGGGCGCGGCCCGGGAUGCAGAAGCUGGCCAUCGCCGCCAUCGUGGUGCUCGGGUGCCUCCAGUUCCUGCCGGCCACCCACUUCCGCGACCCCGCCGAUCCCCAGCGGACCUGGAUCCCCUUCGACCGCUCGCGCUACCCGGUGGAUUUGCCCGAGGAGGUUGGAGGUGUUAAUGUCUUUUCUUGGAUAAGCUGUCUGGAUCUUCGUGCUCUUGCUGUGUUGACAAACUCCACUCUAUCCAGCUCAAGUGAUCCGCAUAACAUAUCCUUCAAUUUCUUAAUACCUGAAAGAGGCACAGAUAAAUCGCCCUACUACAAGCUAAAAGCAGUACUGCCUGAUUCGAAUGUUACUGUUGCUAGCCAAAAGAAAAUCGAGGACAAGCUAAACGUUGCCACUCCAGAAGGAAACCUUUUUUGGUCAUUCCCCAAUGAAUUGUCACCCAUCAUUAUUGGAACAACUCAAUUCUCACAAAAGAGAUAUGUCUAUAUUUCAUCAGACUCAAUUGUGAAGGGCAAAAUUGAAGAUCUUGGUCGCAUCGAUUUGGGUACUUACGCCAUCGGUGCCGUUGAAGAUUGUACCAAGCGCGUUGGUGAUUAUGUUAGUACGGAUGUUCUGAAUGCUGUUCAGAAAACAGCUCCGAAAAAUUUGGUGUAUACUGAACCUUAUGACAAGGAUGCAUGCUUGCUUGAUUUUGAUGUGCUUGUUGUGGAGCCACGCAGACUACGGAAGGACCUGAUUGACUCUAUCAUGGUCUGGUUCAGGGCUUUCAGCCUAUCCAAUUCAAGAGACCAAAUUAGGUUGGCAACAACAUUGGCCUUCUAUGAGAAUUAUCUGAAGCUCCCUUCCAGUUGGAAGCGGGCAGAUGCUAACUCAGACAUCCUGAACUACGAUGGACCAAAGAUUGUCUGCUCUGAAGGUGGACGUCAGCUUCAAGAACAAGGCUAUGGCGAAAACUGGCAACAGUUCCUUGAUCAGAAGUCCCUUCCCGUGCUUAGCUAGCUGAACAACGGCAUUUCAUCCAACGACCUGCAUAGUUCUCUGUUUGUUGCUCGGUUGUUGGAGCUGACGACCACCGUGAC